GCCUUCGAUAGAAACACUCCCAGGAGAGUGCGCAACGACAGUCGAUGGAAAGUAUACAUAGCAGUUCAUCCCAGAAGCUGGGAUCUACUGUCGUUGUCACUCGCACCGACCGUCAAUGUGGGGAUAACUCACGUUUGCCUACGUCUUCGACGAUAUUGGCACGCACACUCUAGCAUUUGCUUUUCGGCCUCACAGACAGGCAACGCAUGAUGGGUAUCCUAGAUGGACCCCCUCCUCCUGACACGAACUUCGCGCCAACGUUCUUGGGCGUGACCGGUGUCUUCACGCUCCUUGCAAUUGGCCUCUGCGGCGCGCGGCUCUACUCCCGGAUCCGCCCAAAAUUCCUCCUACGCAUAGAUGAUUAUUUGAUUUUGAUAGGAACUUUUUUGUGUACAGUAAACUUUGGUAUUUCCGCAGCCUCUGGAUCUCACGGAUGGGGCCAUCACACUGCAUAUGUCACACCGAAGAAUAUCGUCCUCGUCUUCAAAUUAAAUUUCGUCACCCAGGUCUUAUGGAUCCUCGCAAUCGCUCUCGUUCGUCUUUCGAUUGCUUCGUCCCUGCUGCGACUUAGCCCUGACCGAGCAUGGAAAUGGACCCUGUGGACAAUCAUCGGCAUACAGAUCCUAACCUACAUCGGCCACAUGAUAUUCCAGUUCUUCAACUGCAUGCCUCUGCGCGCGAAUUGGGAGCCUGUCUACGACAUCCGAUGCUGGCCUCGGAAAUAUGUGCUCAUCUUUGGCUGGACAGCCAAUAGUAUUCUGGUUGCGAUCGAUGUUAUUCUUGCUCUACUACCCAUCCAUUUGAUCCGAACCCUACACCGUUCGAUCCGCGAGAAGAUCCUCAUUUGCUGCCUGAUGGCCAUGGGUCUGGUCGCCGCUGCCAUCGCCGCAUAUAGGAUGGGCAUCUCCGACAAGACAUUCGCCGGGGAUCUCCUAUCAUCUACAGUCAUGAUGUCCAUGUGGUGCAUGCUCGAGGUGCUCUUGGGUAUCAUCGCAGCCUGCUUGGCUCCACUCAAAGCGCCUGCCGAGCGGAUGCUCCACCAAUUCGGAUUGCUGGCCAGCCGCGUCAACAUGAGCAAGCCCAGUUUCGUCCUAUCCCUCCCCGAGCGCCAACAUACCCCCAACUCGGAUAACUCGGAUCUCGUUGAUUCUGUGCAUUCGGAUCGCCUAGCCAGGAAGGAAAGGAAGGGUAUGAAGGGCGGCGUUACGACUGUUGAAGUGGACCAUAGAGUGCCUUGAUCGAAAGGUUGCUUGCUCCGUCAGUUGAGUUCAUUUUUUGGCUAGCCAUUGGGAGGCGUUUGGGGAUAUGCAUUAUGAAGGAUCUAAUGGAUUAGCAUGGUUCGAGGCCGCAUUGGGCCACUUUGUUUGGAAAGCGUUGGACAGAAUUCUAGGUAUUCCUUUUCAUUCCUUUUUUUGUAUGUACUAUUAGCGACUUGACCAGCCAUGCGCAUUCCCCUUAGCGACAUACCCGAAUCUCAAAGCGAGGAUUCA